AUGCCCGGCCUCUUUAAACGGACUUUGUUUGCUUUAAUUUCUGCGUUGAGCUUUGCAUCUUUUAUCCUGAUCCUCGUUGCAAUGGGCACCCCAAAGUGGAUGACAGGAAAAAUUCUUUGCAAGACUGGAGCCGAGCUGGUUAAUGCCACGGACCCAGAGCUGAUCAAAUUUAUGGGAGAAAUUUACUACGGACUCUUUGGGGGUGGCAAAAUGCGGAAAUGUGGGCUGGGUGGGCGGCAUUCCAAAUUUACAAUAUUCCCACAUCUGGUGAAACAGCUGAACACGUCUCUCCACUUGGUGAUCAUCUUCUUCCUGUGUGCCGCCUUUUCUUCCGCCCUGGCCAGUUUAGGAUUCUGCGUCUUCAACAUCAUUAAAGUUCCCUAUCAGGCCAUUCAUGGUCCAGCUGGCAUAGCCUUGUGGAACUUCCUUGCAGGGGGGUUUGCAGUCCUGGCAUCAACAAGCUUUAUGGCUGCAGUCAAACUGCAUAAUCUGACUGAAAGAAUUGCCAAUUUUCGGGAAAACAUCUUCCAGUUUGUCAUCUUGGAAGAACAGUACGAAGACUCGUUUUGGCUUUGCAUAGUAAGUGCAGCCAUUCAUGGAGUGAAUCUGCUCCUGGUCGCCAUCAGCGAGAUUCGGUUCCCUAGCCUGAAGACGAAGACAGAAGAAGCGAACGUUACAGCUGAAGACAUCAUGUAUUAG